CCCGCCGCCGCCCCGCUCCGAGCCUCGCCGCGCCGGCCCCAGCCGCGGCCAGCGUUUCCUCACGGAGCAGCCGCCGCGAGCCCAGGGGGUUUGAAAGGCUCGCCCUCGAAGGCAGAAGCGACCGGCGCCUUCGGCUGAGAAGGAGGAGGAGGAGGAAUCGCGCCGGGCAGAGCGUCAGGUCCCGUUUUCCUCCUCGGCGUCUUGAAUACAAAGAUUACGGUGCAGAAGGAAAUUGCACUCGCCUCCUCCGCCCCCCGGUACCCAACACAAUGCACCAGCCGCCCGAGUCCACUGCCGCCGCGGCCGCGGCUGCGGCCGCUGCAGACAUUAGUGCUAGGAAGAUGGCGCACCCGGCAGUGUUCCCUCGAAGGGGCAGUGGUGGUGGCAGCGCCUCUGCUCUCAGUGCAGCAGGUACCGGCGUUGGUAGUAGUGCCCCAUCUUCCGAGGAUUUUCCGCCUCCGUCGCUGCUCCAGCCGCCACCCCCUGCAGCAUCUUCUCUGUCGGGACCACAGCCUCCGCCUCCACAAAGCCUGAACCUCCUUUCGCAGGCUCAGCUGCAGGCACAGCCUCUUGCGCCAGGCGGAACUCAAAUGAAAAAGAAAAGUGGCUUCCAGAUAACGAGCGUGACCCCGGCUCAGAUCUCCGCCAGCAUGAGCUCUAACAACAGCAUCGCAGAGGACACCGAAAGCUACGACGAUCUGGAUGAAUCUCACACAGAAGAUCUGUCGUCUUCCGAGAUCCUUGAUGUGUCACUUUCCAGGGCUACCGACUUAGGGGAGCCUGAACGCAGCUCCUCAGAAGAAACUCUCAAUAACUUCCAGGAAGCCGAGACACCUGGGGCAGUCUCUCCCAACCAGCCUCCCCUUCCUCAGCCUCAUUUGCCUCACCUUCCACAACAGAAUGUUGUGAUCAAUGGGAAUGCUCAUCCCCACUCCCUCCAUCACCACCCUCAUAUUCAUCAUGGGCACCACCUCCAUCAUGGGCACCACCAUCCAUCCCAUGCUGGUGUGGCCAGUACACCCAUUCCGGGAGGGCCGCCCUCAAGCCCAGUAUCCAGAAAACUGUCUACAACUGGAAGCUCUGACAGUGUUAUGCCAGUUGCACCAACUUCUGCCGUAUCAUCGAGUGGCUCACCUGCACCUGUAAUGACUAGUAUCCGUGCUCCGAGUACAAGCGGCAGUAUAGGUAUAAAUUCUGUUACAGGCACUAAUACGAUGAAUAAUGUCAACAUUACGGCUGUGGGUGGUUUUAAUCCUAACGUGACCAGCAGCAUGCUUGCUAAUGCUAAUUUAAGCGCGAGCAGCGUUCCCAGUGCUGCCGGUGUGAGCCUUGGGCCUGGAGUGAGCAGCGGUGUUAACGUGACUCUCUUGAGCGGCCUGGGCAACGGUACGAUUUCGUCCUCCGCUCUCAUUAACAGCACUGCCAGUGCAGCUGCAGGGAUGAUUGUAGGAUCAGUUUCAAGUCAGCAGCAACAACCGACAGUUAACACGUCCAGGUUCAGAGUUGUGAAGUUAGAUUCGAGUUCUGAGCCCUUCAAAAAAGGUAGAUGGACUUGCACCGAGUUCUAUGAAAAAGAAAACGCCGUCCCCGCCGCCGAAGGGGUGGUGAUCAAUAAAGCAGUGGAAAGCGUAAAACAAAACCCGACGGAAGUGACUUCUGAGAGGGAGAGCACCAGCGGGAGCUCAGUGAGCAGUAGUGUCAGCACCCUGAGUCACUACACGGAGAGUGUGGGGAGCGGAGAGGUGGGAGCCCCGGCUGCCGUGCUGCAGCAGCCGCCCGCUCUUCCAGGUGUCGCCCUGCCGCAGAUGGACUUCAGUAGCGCUGCUCCGGCGGGCAUUUCAGCAGUUAGCCUGCCGCAGAGUAUUUCUCAGUCACAGAUCUCGCAAGUACAGUUACAGCCUCAAGAACUGAGCUAUCAGCAGAAGCAGGGUCUUCAACCAGUACCUCUGCAGGCCGCUCUCAGUGCUGCAGCUGGUGUCCAGCCAUCACCUGUGAGUGUGGUGGGUGUAACUUCAGCUCUAGGUCAGCAGCCUUCCGUUUCCAGCCUGGCUCAGCCCCAACUGCCGUAUUCUCAGGCGGCCCCUCCGGCGCAGGCUCCCCUGCCAGGCACGCCACCCCAGCAGUUACACUAUGGACAGCAGCCGCCGGCUCUUUCCACACACGUGGCCCCAAGCCACGGUCCGUCAGUGACUCCGAAUGCUGCUUCCGAGUAUGUUCAGCAGCAGCCGAUUCUGCAAACGGCAGUGUCCUCUGGACAGCCCACUUCUGCGGGGGUGGGAGCAGGAGCCGCGGUGAUUCCUAUGGCUCAGCCACAGAGCAUCCAGCUGCCAGCGCAGCCCGCAGCAGUCCAGGCGCAGCCCGCAGGGGCAUCUGGCCAACCUGCUGGCCCGGCGCAGACGGCAGUAUCUGCUGUACCUCCUGGCAGUCAAAUUGCAAAUAUUGGUCAACAGACAAACCUACCUACAGCAGCGCAGCAGCCCUCUACCCAAAUCACACCUUCAGUUAUCCCGCAAGGUGCUCCUCCGUCUUCACAGAUAGUUCCACCCGCUCAAGCUGCGAUUCUUCAUCAGGGAGUUCAAGCUAGUGCUUCAGGCCUCCCUCAACAGUUGGUCAUUGCACCCCAGAGUACCUUGUUAACUGUGCCUCCCCAGCCGCAAGGAGUAGAGUCAGUAGCUCCAGGAGUUGUUGCGCAGCAGUUGCCUGCAGUUAGUCCUUUGCCCUCUGCUAGUAGUAUUUCUGUUACGAAUCAGGUUAGUUCAGCUGGUCCUUCUGGAAUGCCUUCUGUCCCAACAAACUUGGUUCCAUCACAGAAUAUAGCACAAGCCCCUGCCACUCAAAAUGGUAAUUUGGUUCAAAGUGUUAGUCAGCCUCCCUUGAUAGCAGCAUCUAAUGUAAAUUUGCCUUUGGCACAGCAGAUACCACUAAGUUCUACUCAGUUCUCUGCACAAUCAUUAGCUCAGGCAAUUGGAAGCCAAAUUGAAGAUGCCAGGCGCCCAGCGGAACCCUCCUUAGUUGGCUUACCUCAGACUCUCAGUGGUGACAGUGGGGGAAUGUCAGCAGUUUCAGAUGGGAGUAGCAGCAGCCUAGGAGCCUCUGCUUCUCUUUUCCCGUUGAAGGUGCUACCGCUGACGACACCCCUGGUGGAUGGCGAGGAUGAGAGCUCUUCUGGUGCAAGUGUGGUAGCUAUUGACAACAAAAUCGAGCAAGCUAUGGAUCUGGUGAAAAGCCAUUUGAUGUAUGCGGUUAGAGAGGAAGUGGAGGUCCUCAAAGAGCAAAUCAAGGAACUAAUAGAGAAAAAUUCCCAGCUGGAGCAGGAAAACAAUCUGCUGAAGACACUGGCCAGUCCCGAGCAGCUUGCCCAGUUCCAGGCUCAGCUGCAGACUGGCUCCCCCGCUGCCAACACACAGCCACAGGGGACCACACAGCCCCCAGCGCAGGCAGCGUCCCAGGGCUCAGGACCAACCGCGUAGCCUCCUGUGCCGCCGCGGAACUGGCUGCUGCUGUCUGAACUGAACCGACCGGAGAAGAUGGACUGGGGGGCGUCCGCGUCCACCGUCACCCAUUUCAUUGCUCGCUGCAAAAGAGACGUGAGACUGACAUAUGCCAUUAUCUCUUUUUUUCCAGUAUUAAACACUCAUUAGCUUUCGGCUUGAAGAAAUUUCUUAAGUUGGGUGAAUUAAAGGUUAAUGAGAGAAUUAGCAUGGAUAUACUGGGACCUCAUGCAGCUUGGCAGAUCCGUGAGAAAUGGUUUCAUUCAUGCUGAGGAGCUGUGUGCCUUUCCAUCCCUCCCCUGCUCCCCACCCCCCACUGCCAAGAGUUCUUCCUGCUUGCACGUGGUACACUCCACGGGGUUCCGAAGCAGUGGGGCACCACUGGACUUUCCUCUCUCUCCUCCCCCCCCGCCCAGGAACUGGACGGGGAGGUGAAAGUCAAGAGUGAAGCUUAGUCUCACCUCAGAUGAGGAGAAACAUAGUUCACUGUACAGAUGACGACUGUCACCAACAUUCAUAAAAACCAAUAGUACUGUGCCUCUUUCAAAACAGUGGAUGACACAAAACUAUUAGCGUGACUGAACGGUGACAGGUAGCUGGGAUCUAGGCUAUCUUACCCUGAAGGUUGUUUUGCUUAUUGUAUAUUUGUGUAUGUAGUGUAACUUUUGUACAAUAGAGGACUGUAACGACUAUUUAGGGUGUACAGAUUGCAAUUUAGAUGUUUCACUGGCUGUCUGAAGAGGUGUGGGUUGUCUUUUAUAUAGAGAUCUACGUGAAAAAUAAUACAUGAAGAAAAACACACCUACCUAAAGAGAUUUUAAGAAUUUGGCACAGUUGGUCACUUUGUGUAAUCUGAAAUCUUCUAGCUGCUGAAUAUGUUAAAGUCAGUCCCUGUUCACCGAAGUCUUUUGAUUGAGCUGGUUGAAUACUUUGAAAUAUGAUCAGUUCUAGCUAAUGAAAUGGAUUUCCCAGUAGGGGUUUCUGCAUAUUACCUGUAUAGUAGUUACCUGCCUAUGUUUCUGUGCAUGUUCUCUACACAGUUGUAAGGUGUCACUGUAUUUAACUGUUGCACUUGUCAACUUUCAAUAAAGCAUAUAAAAUGUUGAUAAAA